AACAAAAAAAUUGAAUUACCCUUGCAAGAAAAUAUUUAAUCAAGCAAUUUGCUUGAAAGGGCGAAAGAGCUUCAAGCGCAAGACAGGCCGGGCGAAACGGGAAAGUAAAGGAAGUCGGGGAAGACGGACGUCAGUCUUGUGGUUGAUCAAUUGAAGUAAGGUUGUGGGGAGGUUUAAAGCGAAGAAAUAAAGAAAAAGUUGAUAAAAGUAAAAAAAAAAAUUGAUAAAAUUUAAGAAAAAUGUCCAUCGAUCACGACAAUGGCGCAAGUCGCAUGACACAGGCCAACAUUGAUGCAUUAACGGAGGCUUUAUUAGCAGAAAAAAACAAGAAUGCCCUCUUGGAGAAAGAACUUAAGGAAACUCGUAAAAAGAUCCGGCAUAACACCUGGAUAGAAGAACCUUCGGAAAAUCAACCGUUUGACCCCGAACCAUACGGGUCCUCGACAAUGAUCCAAACACCAGUACAGUCUACUAACGAACUUUCGAUGCUUACGUCGAUGUCAUUCGCCUCGUUACAAGUUUCCACUUGUACUCCCAAGGAAGGAGAGGAAGUGGAUAAAAAAUCCUUCGAACGAUGGAAGGAACAGCUCGAAGCAGCAAUGAAAUUCGCAGGCAUUUUUAACGAAAACAUGAAAAUGAAUGCUUUCAAAAUGAAAGCAGGUUAUUCCUUAUUAGAUACUCUGGAAGCUACAUCACCGAAUGAUUCAUCGAGCGAUGCAAAUUUAUUCCCGUAUACUAAUGCAAUGGAAAGGUUGCAUAAAUACUAUAGCUCACACGAUUACGUUUUCCUACAGCGACAAAAAUUACGCUCUAUGAAUCAGAAUGACGGCGAGUCCGAUUUAACAUACGUAAAGAAAAUAAUUGACCUAGCAAAGCUCUGCAAUUACAAAGAAAACCAAUUGAUAGAAACAGUAGUCGACGUGAUCCAAGCACAUGCUACUAAUCCAAGAGUCCGUAAGACAGGAAUAAAAGUUCUAAGGAAACGUGGAUCAAUAACAGAUCUUUUGGACAAAGUGCGAGAAUGCGAAAUGGAACAAAUGAACGAUAUAAAUUUCGCAAGGACCCACCAGCAAAACUCACAAGUCCAAACAUCAGCACUAGUGGCCGCCGUGUCCAACAGCUCUUACCAUAACAAUGGGCCUCGUAUGGGAGGAUUCCAUCGCGGUAACUCACUGUACCAUCAGAAAUAUGGGGCAUGCAAAGCGGAAGAGGAACAUCUAGACUAA